GGAGGCGGCUGAGGCGCGGCGGCUGUGGCCCAGGGCACCUCCCCCCGGCUUCCCGAACCCUGCCCCGUCUGACCCGAGGGGGAGGAUGGAAGCGCCAGCCGCGCUCUGAGCCCCGCAGGAAAAGAACACCCUUCCCGCCACAUCACCCCAGGGUCCUGCGGAGGCCACCGCCUCGUCCCCUCCACGUCUCCAUCUCCCAGAGCGGGGCCGAGUGGAAAAGUGAGCGAUGGCAGAAAACCUGAGGAAACUGGUCUCGAGCGAACCUUUACGACUGAUGCACGACAAGCUAGAGUGCUGGCUGAGGGAGUACAACACAAACACAUGUGAUCAAAAUCUUAAUCAUUGCCUUGAGCUCAUCGAACAAAUUUCCAAAGUUCAAGGACAGCUCUUUAGGAUCCUCACUACGGCAGCCCAAGAAGGUGGACAUUAUGAUGGUGUGGAAAUAAUCAAAUCGCGCCUUCUGCCUUGGCUGGAGGCCUCCUUUACUGCUGCUUCCCUGGGAAAACCUGUUGACAGCAAGGUCCCCUCUCUACAGGACACAUUUGAUAAGGAGAGACAUAAAGAGGCUGGUGUUCGGGAUCGGGACAUGCAACAAUUAGACUCUGAGUUGACUUUGACUCAUAAUCAACUCAACCAGGUUCAAGACGAUCUGGCUGAAACUGAAAAGACUCUUGAAGAAACCAAGAACAGAUCGGCCAUAUCCCUUUUGGCUGCAGAGGAGGAAAUAAAUCAGCUAAGAAAGCAGCUUAAAUCUCUUCAAGUCCAGGAGGAAUCCCGCCACCGAAACGUAGAACAUAGAAGUGUGGAGCAUCGGUGUACGGAGCCUAGAACCUCAGAGCCGAGGACCUCUGAGCAGAGGAGGUUGGACCAGCGGGGCAUUGACAAGUGGGGCGUAGAGCAGCGGACUGAAGUGAUUUCUGAUUAUGAGAAACAGCUCCGAACGCUAAAGGACGAGAUAGCUGUUUUGUCUGCUGAAAAAUCUGUGCUUCAAGGAAGGUCCGCCCGGAGCCGGACUCCCAGCCCUGGCCCUCGCAGCCACAGCCGCAGCCGCAGCCGCUCCACCAGCCCCGCCACCGCGGUCGUAAAGAUCAGGAGCCCGUCCCCGAAUCGCGCCAAAAUGUCCAAUGUGGCGCGCAAGGCUGCCCUCCUGUCCCGGUUCAGCGACGCCUACUCCCAGGCCCGGCUGGAUGCGCAGUCCCUGCUGCGGCGCUGCAUCGACAAAGCCGAGACCGUGCAGCGCGUAAUCUACGUCGCCGCAGUGGAGGCAUUCCAUGUAGCUAAAAUGGCAUUCAGGCAUUUCAAGAUCCGCGUGAGGAAAUCGUUGACACCAUCUCUCGCGGGGUCGAGUAACUUUGAGGAUGCCGUCUUGGAUUAUAUCAUUUGUCAUCUCGAUCUAUAUGAUUCCCAAAGCAGUGUUAACGAUGUGAUCCGAGCCAUGAAUGUCAAUCCCAAGAUUUCAUUUCCUCCUGAAGUUGACUUUUGCCUCCUCAGUGACUUCAUCCAGGAGAUAUGUUGCAUUGCCUUUGCCAUGCAGGCUUUAGACCCACCCCUAGAUAUUGCAUUUGGGGCAGAUGGAGAAAUUUUUAAUGAUUGCAAGUACCAUCGCAGCUAUGACUCUGAUUUCACUGCUCCCUUGGUCCUCUAUCACGUGUGGCCUGCUCUCAUGGAGAAUGACUGUGUCAUUAUGAAGGGAGAAGCUGUCACCAAGAGAGGGGCUUUUUGGAAUUCAGUUCGAUCUGUAAGUCGAUGUCGAAGCAGGAGUUUAAGUCCCAUCUGCCCCCGUAGCCGUAUUGGUUUAAGCACGAUAUCUCGAAGCCGGAGCCCUUCUCCAAUAAGAUGUGGAUUGCCGAGGUUUUAAAGCCAGCAGACAUGUCCCUUUGCUACAGUACAUCUGCCCCAGCUAACUUCCCCAGAGCCUGUCUCCUGUGCCUGCCUCAGAACUCACUUAAGAUAAUGUGAAAACGCAAUUCUGUGUAUCACUCCACACGGAGAGUUAAAUGUUUUGGCUUAGCGUGUUUGUAACCUCAGAUAUAUUGCAUUUUAUUUUAUUCUAUUAUAUUUUAUAGAUACAAAUUCCAUUACUUUGAUAAAAACAAUUGCAUAGGUGUUUAGGAUCAUAUUCAUUGGAAGCAAAGUCCUUCAGGGUUUUCAUCCUCAAAUACUAGGCUCUUUUAUGGCAACUGUAGAAACUUAAGUGGAAGAUCUUUACCAUGUGGAGUUCAAAAGAUAGAGUCAGUUUAGCUUACAGAUGGAUCAUAAAUAUUAUAAUUGCUGGUAUUAGCUUAGAGCUUGAAAACAAUAUCGAGUGUUAUAAUUUUCUUGUUUGGAAGACAGCCCUAAUCCCAGGCUGGGGAACUUGUCCUGGUAGCAGUGACUUCAGGCUACACGUAGAUGGUGUUGAUUUCAGAGAAUAGAGUUCACUGGCUUGCUUCUCUUUUCCUGCUUUGAGAAUGCCCUGUUUGGUUUAGUUGGGUACCAAUGCCAAAGCUACUUACCUGACAGAAUGUUCCUGCUUCAUAAAUGCACAGAAGUGAUUUGGCUAGAAGCCAGCUUUGAGAGAAAUGGUAAUUACCUUGUGUUUAUCUUGUGGGAAUGUUUCAUACAGUUUUAAUGUACAUGUUACAUAUAGAAGCGAUCUGGACAUGUGCUUUAUCUAUUCCAUCUGGUUGUUUGCAAAUUCAGACCUCCUAAGAACUGCAUCUGACUAAAAAUACCUAAAUGCGGGGCUUAAAACUAGGGGUACCAUUUAUUGAUUUUAAAUUGAGUGAAUAUACCUUGAUUUCUUGACUGUGAAGGACUAUUGAAAAAGUUCAAAUUCUAAUGGAAUGUAGCUUUCCCAAGAUAAGUAAUGUUUUGUCUGUUCCCCCCCCCACCACCACUUAAAAUGGUCUUAAACACAAGCCUCACAAAUGACUGCUUUCUCUGUGUGCCUUUUGGAGAGAAACUCUGAAUUGGCCACAGCUUUGUCUGCAUAAACUCAGUGCCCAAACUAGCACCUAGUGCUUUGUAGGUGAAAAAACAAAACAAAACAAACAAACAAACCCAAAGCAAAAACUUCUCUAAACCAUCUUAUCCCAGUAGUGCAAUUGCUGGGUCAUAGAGUAGCUUUAUUUUUAAUUUUUUGAGACAUCUCCACAGUAUUU